AUGGAGUUUACGACAUCAAAUGAGACUGAAUUUUCCAAUGAGACCUUGUGGUCUGGACUACAAGAAAAUAACACAGAUUCUAAUGGAGACUAUUAUUUUGACUCCUAUGACCAUUUCACUGUGCAUGAAGGAAUGUUGAAAGACAACGUCCGGACUGAUGCUUAUAAAAAGGCCGGACAAUUUCCCAGUAAAAUUUUUCGAAAUCAGAGGAAAUUUCGAUUAAAUGUCUUAUAAGGAAAAAAUUUCGACUAGGAAAAAAUCAAAACUAUCACAAUGUUUGAAAUAAAGCACGCACCUAUAAAAAAAGCUAUCCUAAGAAAUCCUUAUUUGUUUGAAGACAAAAUUGUCCUUGAUAUCGGCUGUGGGACUGGAAUUCUCAGCUUUUUCGCCGUGCAGGCUGGAGCUAAGCAUGUAUAUGCAGUUGAUAAUUCCGAGAUCGCAGAACAAGCUAUAAAAAUCGUCGCAAAAAACUCUCUUAAUGACAAAAUUACAGUCCUAAAAGGAAAGAUCGAAGAAAUCGAGCUCCCUGUCUCCUCAGUCGACAUAAUAAUUUCUGAAUGAAUGGGAAUUUUUUUACUAUAUGAAGGCAUGAUAAAUUCAAUAAUUUUCGCUCGUGACAAGUGGCUAACUCCUGCCCCUCCGUAAGCGAAACAAAACUAUAAGAAAAAUCACUAUUUUUUGGGUAAAAUCCCACCUCUAUGAGCGAAAAAACUUUUUUGUUUCUCACGGAAGGAAUGAUUAAGCAAAAACGGGCUUCUUUUCCCUGAUAAAGCCAAAAUUUGGGUUGCAGGACUUGAAGACGCUAGCUGUAAAGACGAAAGAAUCGAGUUCUGAAAUGACAUUUAUGGGAUCGACAUGUCACCUAUGAGGAAAAUCGCUAUAAAAGAGCCAUCAAUUGACGUUGUCGAGGCAACUAACUUGGUCAGCACCAGCACUCCAGUAUUCGAAGUUGACCUACAAAAAUGCAAUUUAGAGCAGCUCUCGUUUAUUUCCACUUUUAGACUGCAGUUUACUAGGAAAGAUUUUAUGCACGCGAUUGUGGGCUGGUUUGAAGUUAUUUUUACACAUUGCCAUAAGGCAAUAACUUUGACCACAUCACCGAAAUGUGAGGCUACACAUUGGAAACAUACGAUUUUUUAUUUAGAGGAGUCAAUACCUGUGGAUGUUGGGGAAAUUUUGAAUGGGGCAAUAGCUGUAAGGUUCAGCUUGAGGUUUGAAAGAGGCUUAGAUAUCAAAAUAUCGGUUAAUAAAGAAGGAAAAAUGCCGAUUCAUUCAUUUCAGUAUUACAGACUAAGAUAA